AUGUCUGCCAUUUGGGAUCGAACUUAUAACAUAUCUCUUUCUGUCUGCAGGUUGGUCUAUGGCGCUGCAAUUCUUGACUUGGUGUUUUGUCCAUUUACCUUAUUACUUCGGCACAUUCCAGAAUCAACAAAGGUAAGUAAUCAUUCCCAAAUUCCGGUUUCUUUGAUAUUCAUGUCCCGGGAUCAUUGUUUUGGAAGAAUCUGUAGAGCCAUUAUCUACCCAACUCAUAUCUAUCUAUCUAUCUAUCUAUCAGGUAGCAUUAUCUAUUUAUCAGGUGGUAUCUAUUUCUAUUAUCUAUCUGUAUCUUUCUUUCUAUCUGGUCUCUUUAUUAUCUGUCUAUUUAUCUAUCAUGGUCCUUUUCUUAUCUAUCUAUCUAUCUAUCUAUCUAAGUCUUCUCUUCAUAUCUAUCUAUCUAUCUAUCUAUCUAUCUAUCUAUCCCAAUCUGCCCAUCUAUUUUCUCAGUCUGUUGAUAUCUAUCUAUCUAUCUAUCUAUCUAUCUAUCUAUCUAUCUAUCUAUCUAUCAUGGUUUCUUUAUUAUCUAUCUAUCUAUCUGGAAAAAUGGAUACAAAUUGA